GGUUAUGUUUACAAAUGCAAACGAUUUGCAGCUGCUCAAAUUUUGCGCAGCGAGAAACAAUACUUUUAAUUAAAAUUAUUAAUUAAAAUUGCAACAGCCACGAAAUGGGCAAAGCCAUGUCGAUGGUGGCGCGCAAGGCCAAUCGUUUCAAUGUGGAGAAUCGAGCGCAUCGUGUGCUGGAACGCGAGAAACCAACGCCGGCACCAAAAUACGAAUCCAACCUGAGGGAUAUGGAAAGAACUCUAGAAUUGGAUCCCACAUUUGUGGACAAGCUGAACAGAAAGGAUGCCAGCUUGGACACACGACUAAAAGAUGUUUAUGUAACAUCAAAGGAUCAAUUUAUUCAACGUGUGCUGGAACGCCAAGCGGCAGCAGAUAAGCUUGAUAGCAAACUGCUGCGCAAGCUGCCUUUGGAGCGCACCACGCCCGAUGACUUUGAAUAUGGUUAUCUGGAACCCAUUCGUGUAGCAAUCGGUCGAUGCACUCUCCGACAGGCACUCCAGUUCAUCAACGAUCAUCAGCUGGAUCCCGAGGAGUGGACAGCCAAGAGAAUUGCCGAGCAGUACAAACUGAAGGAGGCGCACGUAGAUAAUAUAUUGCACUACUUCAAGACCUUCAGUGUAUAUAUACCCGAUCAGAAGUACAAGGAUAAAAUGUUGACGCAAGCCAAGCAAAAACUGAUACCCGACAAGGAGGAGAGUUCAGUGGACAAUGGCAGUAGUCGAACAUAGUUAGAAACAAUUAUUGAAUCGCAGUGUGCUCGCAUAGUUAAAAUGUGAUUGUUAUUUUAA